CUCUAUUCCACCACCUCCGCAACAAGCUCUGCCGAGUGUAGACCAUAGACUGAUAUACUCCGGAUGGCCUCACUGCGACGACCUGACUCCUGCUUUCGUCCAUUUCUCUUUUUUUUGCAUUGAGACUGCGUGUAUUUGCUUUGACAUACAACCCCCCUUUCGCCCCCCUUGGCCCCCAAUUCAAGCGCCUAUACGCUACGCACCUCAACACCUGCAUAAUCCCCCUCGCCUGCAAUUCCAUCCCGCCGGUCCCCCAGACGCCCGCGGGAGCUUAGCUGUACAGAAACGUCCAUCCACAAUCACAUUGUUGGAUGUCCUGCUAUUCCCACCUAGUCCCGUGCUACUCCUCCUGCCCAUCCUCACGGGUUGCAGUUCAACGUCUCUCUUCUCUCCAUACUUUAUCCAUUGACCCUCUUCCACCACCUCAACCCACGCGGUACACAGGUACAAGCACGCGCUUGCAUUGCAGCCGUCGCCAAUCGUACCACGAAACUCAGUCCCGUUGACUCGCUCCAUCUUCCCAUUACACCGAAAUCGGGCAGCUAGCAUAUCCAUGUGACGAGGUGAGAAUAAUUGGGCGUGCAUUCCUUUGCCUGUACUGCAGGCUCGCGAAAACUGGCAGGGCGGCAAUAGUAUCGCGAGAUUGGUGAGUGGUUCCCUUCAAGUCCCGUAUACAAACAUGUAUACGGGCCAAGGCGAUGCUGGCGACCAUAUUACUUCAAUAUAGGCCAUGUGCCCAUCCAUUGGAUUCAGGAUCCGCAUGUAGUUGUCCUACUAACUCUCUGGCCCUUCCUAUUGCAGAUAGAAGAAUCAAUUAACCAUCGCCAUGUCCGCCGGACAAUUGGCGAGGAAUCGCUCCAUCUCAAUGAGCUCUGGACAAUCAUCGAGGGGGAAAUUAGCAACGUUGGCCGAAAUCAGUAAAAGCAUGCCAGCAGAACACACCCGCCACUUCGAUCCAUGCGCUGCUACGGCUUCCAUGUUUUUGUAUGCCCAGGGAAACUCAGUUGUUUGUUGUCACCACGAUACUCUGACCAUCGAAAGGCGAUUUUCAAGGCAUGCCGAGGAGAUUGUUUUGUUGGCUGUUGAUACGGUCAGUGAUAGAGGCGCAGGCAGAUUAGUAGUAAGUUGCGAUGUUGGACAGACCGCCAUUGUUUGGGAUUGUAUGACGGGCGAUGAAAUUGCAAGAUUUGCAUCUUAUGAGAAUCUCACUGUCGCAGCAUGGAUGCGAAAUGGAAACGUUGCAUUCGGUAUGUUCUUUUCUGUAUCUCUCAAACAGCGUUACUAACUUGUCCAGGAAAUUCCCAAGGAAAUGUCAUUCUUUUUGAGCCAUCAACCUCGGAGCACAUUUCAGCUAGAACGAUAGACCAGAUUCCAGUGACAGCUUUGGCACCAGCUGCUGAUUGUAGAACUUACGCGAUUGGGUACGAAUGAGAACUAAUGUUCCAACCCUCUUGCUAAUAUUGUACAGAUUUUCAAAUGGAUCGCUCAUGAUUGCAGCUUUACAACCAAGAUUUACAAUUCUUCAUAAUCUGACUACAUCCAGAGGUCCAUCUCCCAUCGUCACACUGGCCUGGCAUGGAUCCUCAUCACGACAGAAAUCGGACAUGCUAGCAACCCAAACAAAUGACGGGGACCUUCGUGUAUGGAGUAUUGCAAAAUCAGCCAGCAGCACCGACGCCGCAAAGGUGGUACGGGUCCUGAAGAAAUCAGAAAACUUUCAAGCGGGUCCCAAUUGGCUGGCAUGGUCAAAAAAUGGGCGAAUCAUUCAAUAUUCAGAAAGGUACGUGAUAUCAUUCCACAAAUGGUGUGACCGAAGCCGCGCGCUUAGCAAGACAUAUAGCUGACUUGACCCCUGUUUAGCGAAACCGCUUCGUGGGAUGUACGCACCAAGCAUGUCACAUUUGACCCAAUACCCACACUGGCAACCGUCCGAGGCCUGGCAGUGUAUGGCCCUGGUGCCACUCUGUUUACAUUGGGUGCCAACAAUACGGCUCAGCAAUUUGAUCUGAAUAUUCCAGCUCAGUUGGUGGCAAAUGUGCAGCAUCCAGCCAAUCUACUUCCUCCGUCACCACCAGUUUCGAUCGAGGAGCAAAUGAAGCAACAAAAUUCUAUGGCUGCGGCCCAAGCCGAAAUAUCGGCGAUGCCGAUCAAUAUUGACAUUUCUGAAAGUGAAGAAGACCACAUGUCGCCACUUGCAAGGAUAGCUCGAGAGAUGGACAAGCUGGAAUUGGAGAGGCAGGAGCCUGAUCGUUCUGAGACCCUCAGUCCUGUCUCUUCUAGAAGCAGAGCCUCUUCUCAAUCUUCAGCAGCAUCUCGACCCCGUCAUCGUGAAUAUCGUAAAGCCAAACCACAGUCUGUGACAUCUCGUGGAAAGCAUAGCGAAGCUGCCACCACCGUGUCUAUGGGAUCUUCCAUUCACACCCGAGACCCUUCAAUGGCUAGCCGUGACAGUUUCUCGAUGAGUAGCGUUACCUCUUCACACGUCUCACAUAGAUCUCGACCAAGAGGUUCCAGAUUACGGCAGGAAGUUCUCCGCAGCCCGGAAGAAGUAGGGCCCAUAUUGGAUUUGUUCAAGUUUACUAAGUCUAGAUUAAGCGACAUCCCUUAUAGUCAUCCACAAGUUCUCGACAACACCCACCUCACAGUCAAUGAUCUCAGACGACAGAUGCUUAGCACAAUUUUUGGUUGGAAUGGCGAGGUUGACACGUUGAUUCAGGAUGAAUUAAAUCGACACCCUGUAGGGUCCCCACCCCGACUUUUACUGGCAAAAUGGCUAGGGGAUAUUGAUACGGAUGUACUUGCUGCAACUACCUCCGACUCCAUGACCUCUUCCGACUGGAUGCUUCUCGCUCUCUGUGGUAUUGGAGGGACUGCUUCACAAGCAAAGGUUGCUCGUGCAUUUGUUCAACGAUUGCUUGAAAAGGGAGAUGUGCACACCGCUGCCACCAUUUUGAUUGGGAUGGGCGAUCAAAAUGAUGCGAUUGAAAUUUACGUAUCUCACAAGCGUUAUAUGGAGGCUCUGAUUUUGACUUGUCUCGUUUUCCCUUCGGAUUGGUCACGACAAGCUGAAUUGGUCAGGACAUGGGGUGAGUGGGCUGUUCAACAUAGUCAGCAGCAACUGGCUAUUAGAUGCUUUUCUUGCACUGGAUCGGAAUCGACGGAGCCUUGGUUUUCGCCAACCGCUCAAGCUUUAACUUUCAAGCAACUCCAACUCCAAAGCCAAAGUAUUCCAGAACUCCUCAGUCCUCCACUAUCUCCACCUGGAGCAAGAGGUCCUCAGCGCAGUAUUGCCAAGACAUCCGCACUCAAACUUAUCACCUCCUUUGGCGACAAGGCUGCUAAAUCCAAAUUCUUUGGAGUUGGAGAUGACGAUCGCACACCGGUUGGUGGUGGCAUAACUCCGAUUGCAGAGUCUGCAUUAUCACCACAAGGUGAUACAACGGCCUUUCUCAGACCGAGUAAUCGCAGUGUAUACAACACCCCCGCAUCGGCAAGAACUGCGACUCCUGGUGGAUUCUCCAGACAGAGACUUCCUUCAAUAGGCGAGAUGCCCUCUGACGUGCCCCUUCCCCGAAUGAAGCUUGAGCCCGCGAAUUUACCAGCUCCUGCCGAGUCUGGUUCUGAUAGAGAAAGGAGUGAAAAUCUUGCUCGAGCUCGAGAAACUGACAAUGCGUCACAACCCCCACCGGAUUUGCUUAACUCCGCCAGGUACAAUCCUAUAGCUAGAGCAUCUACAGCAAGCCCCAUGAUGGAGAAAGCAAAAUUCAAGCUGCAAGGACUUCCAUCUCCUUCACCCGAAUCUUUCACACAGCAGAAUGCCGCGGCUCGUCAUCGAAAUGGUUCUCGGGACCGUAAACCUGAUGGACUUCAGAUCCAGUGGCCACCAAUGGAAUCAAUCAUUACUGGUGAUUACAUGACCUCUCCUGAUCCAUCCGUUGCUUCUUCCAGACUUACUGCCGCGUCAAGCACAAGAAGCCCUGUGAUGAGCGAGAGGAGUUACAGAAGCAUGGGAGGAGUAAGUCCAGUUGUCACCGGGAGAAGUCUCGAUCAGUAUAUUAGUAGUCUAGAAUCUGCUCAGUAUCAUUCCGCCAAGCAACGAACGAGACAGAGCAGCCGUGAUAGAUCAGGGAGAGCUGGUAGCAGUAGCCGCAAACCUAAAACGAGAGAACCUUCCGAAGACCGUGGACGCAACAAUGCUCGGUACAUCAAACCAGCAAAACGCUCACCAACUUCGCCAGUACCAAUGUCACCUGAGGAUCUCAUCGAUCUAGGUUCCACCGCGGGUCCUUUCUCGCCUACUGAUUCCACUACCACUACUCAAUCUAGACGGAAAAGGGAGACCAGUCGCUCAAGAGCUACGACGUCAAGAGCACCUAGCCGUGUUCGUCGUAUCUCUCCAGAGGCAGCUCGAGUAGGCUCCAGAGCAGCCAGCCGUGGUCAAAGUCGCAACGCAAGCCGCCAGCCGAGCCCUAGAGGAAAGCUAACCAUGAUUGAUACAAGUUCCAGGGGUAGAAGUCAUGGUCGCGAUGGUUCUGCGAUGCGCUCUCCGUCUUCACCCCUUCCAAUGUCCCCUCAAGCCAAGUUUUACCAGGACGAAGACGCAGCAGAUUUGAAAAAGGCACACGAUGAUCAAAUGCGUUUUAGAUCCCGAAAUAGAAGCACCAGCCGUAUGAGAGAACGUGGGACAAGUACUGCUCGCCACGAAUCGCCAGAGAGGAAGCGAAGAGAUCGCUCAAGUAGCCGCCGUCCAGCUGAGCGAGAUGCUAGCCAGGUGAGGAGAGAGCCCAAGGAAGCUUCUCCACCAAAACGUGAAAGGCAACCAUCUCAUGCUCGAUCCGCUUCUGGACGUGAAGCUGGAGAUUUGAACCUGAUCAAAGAUGCCCGCACUUUGAAAAAGGAACAGGCUGCUCGUGAGCUUGAGGAGAGACGCAAGUCUCUUGCUUUGAGACCCAUGGCCCCUGCAAUUGUUCAUCCGGAAGAAAUUGCGACUCUUUCGCCAAUCUCAUAUCGUCACCCGUCGCCGGAUCUUCACAGAACCUCAAAGCAGCCUCAACCGCCCAGGAGUCAAACUGCAUCGCCCUCCAGCCUUCAAACUUCACCUGUUUAUUUGAACCAGAGCAACUCAUCAUCACCGCAAGUUGGACUUCCAGCGACUCCGAGAGCCAUGAGACAUCCAAAGUAUGAUCCCGAUGGGCAUAGCAUUCCAGAAGUCCCUCAGAUUCCUGGCAAGUAUGAGAAUGAGUCACCAAUCGGAUCGAAUUGGGGUAGUCUGAAUGCGCUCUCUCAUAAUAGUGCUUUUGAAACCCUCGGGCCUUUGCCAAAGACAACAUACUCGGCAGCACCUCGUCGAGUACCAGCACGUUGUGCAUCUGCUCCUAUCCCGGAAGAGCCUCCUGCUUCACCGCAUCCAUUGCCUGCAGCAUUACCAACUCAUCCAGCUUUCCAAGCAGCACUUCCACCGAGUAGUCGAGGCAAGACACAGGAGCCGAAUACUCAGCGAUCACCAGUUCCAUCUCCUCGCAAGAUCAAUCCUGGAGAGUCACAACCAGGAACUUUAGGAUAUGAGGCUAGAAAUAACAGCCCGACUCACUCGACACACAACCCGGCUGUCUUGGGCGGUAUGAUGGGAGGUAUUGAUGAAACUAUGCGUCAACAUAACCACAACCCAUUAAACGACAACCUCAUCCCACCACCACCACCACCUCCUCCUCCAGCCCCACCAAUCAUCCCCCAACUCCAACAUCUCGCAACACCACCUCCACCACCACCCGCUCCCCUCUACAAUCCAAACAAUCCAAACAACACAACCUCCAUGGUCUCCGGCGUAUCCACCAGCUCAGGCGAUAUCGAAAUCGUCAUGGACGACGACUCAGACUCCAAACCCUCCAACAACAAGAACUCCCCCACCGAGCAAUCCACCUCUUCACUAACCCUUACCCCACCCCAAGCCCCCUUCGCCCAAGGCCACUCCCGGAACCGUUCCAUGGGCCAUUCCCGCGGGAGAAGCGAGACAGACAACAGCAUCUCCGGACGCUUCACCCGAGCCGCNCCCCACCCCAAGCCCCCUUCGCCCAAGGCCACUCCCGGAACCGUUCCAUGGGCCAUUCCCGCGGGAGAAGCGAGACAGACAACAGCAUCUCCGGACGCUUCACCCGAGCCGCAGAGCGCUUGAGGAGUGCGAGUCGAGGACGCAAUGGAACGAAGAGUCCGCCGAUCCUGGAGCAGGGCACGAGUCCUUACGAGAGUGUGCCGCCGCCCAAUUGGGGUGCUGGGAGAGCUGGGUUGAUGGCUAGUCCGCCGCUGCCGGCUAUGAAUGGGGGUGCUGGGAUGAUGACUAGUGAGAGGCACCCGAGGGAGGUGAGGGCUGCGCAUAUGGCGGGGAUGGAGGGGGGGAUGAUUUGAGAUGAAGAGGGAGGUAUUAUCUUUUUAUGAUGAUGAUUUCUAUUUUACGUGUUUUUACAUUCAAGGGGUUGAAAGAAAGAGAUGGGGCAUUCGCAUGCAUCGGCGUUUUUCCCUUGUCGGGUUUUAUUAUCUUAUUACCAUUUGUUGCCUUUUUGCUAUGUCUAGCUUUGAAGCCAUUUUCAUCUUUACUAUAUAUCCUUUUCGAUACCCUCUAAUUUAAGUUGCGCAUUUUUUAUAUAUAUCUUCUUAUGGCGUGAUUUUAUGGUUUUAUAACUACGAAGAGGGCGGGUGGGGUAAGUGAGCGAGCGAGCGAGCGAUGGAAAUAGUAAUACAGAUAGAGGAGUAGGGAAGAUUACCACUAUUAGGCAGAAGUAGAAUAUAUUAUAUUUAAUUGAUUAUAUAAGUUGGUGAUUAGGAGGUGGUAGGUAGUAUUUUUAUCGUCGAGUUUAUAGGAGUAAGAUAGGUGAUGAUUAUAUAUCUUGUAUUUUUGAAAUUUUGGGUAUGAUAACUCUACGAGAGUUAAACGAUAUUCGCAAAAAGCAGGGAAAGGAGUCGAGGUUUACAAGUGUAGGGGUGUGCUACGGAAUAGUAUAUACUCUUACCUGAAUGCGUAUUCCGAGCCAACGACGCAGCCAAGAGCGAGGAGUAGCGUAAGAUUACGGUUUCAAGGGUGAUUUCGUCCUAGAAUAGGUAAGAGUGCGGUCGCUUAAAAUGAAAUACAGGAUGGAGACCGGCAUUGUAA